UGUUUAUUAAUAUAUUUCAUAAUUAUAUUUGUUAGGAUUCAUAUAGUUACAAAAAAUGGCUGACGCACCGGCACCGCCGUCGGAGGUUGACGAAACUGAUGUUCCGAUUGCCACUACAGCAUCGGAGUAUCCCCCCUACCCUCCGUAUUCCACGGCGACGGCGCCCCCUUCCGUCGCUGAAACUAUUGUCGCAGGCCGCGACUUACGGCGGAAGUUUAAGUUUUUACCGCAAAGACCCGCGCGGCCCCCACCAAGGCCAGCUAGGCCAAGGGGUCCAAAAGCUACGGAUGUGAAACUAUCAAAACGCCAGUACAGGGCACAUGCGCGCUGCCUGCGUCGCCACGGCGCGGUCCUGACUGACCGGCUGGAGCACAUGUCCAAGCCCAGUCGAAGGCACAUGAUAUAUCUAUGGAGAGAGCAUGCUGACAUAUUGACACCAGACGCGGUAGGCUAUUAA